GGCGCGCUGCGCGCUCUCGGCUCCUCGCUCGCAGAACUCGGACACGCGUCGUGCGCAGAGAUGGGGGACGUACAACUCGCCACCAGCACUCAGAUCACCAAGACCAGCCUGACGUUGGGUCGGGGUUCCUUGAGGAGCGAUCCCCCGGCCUUCACUCUUCCACCCCGCAAUGUCCGCGUCAGCCAGGGGGGCACGGCGAGGCUCGAAGGCACGGUGAAAGGCUGCCCCGAGCCCCAGGUGAUUUGGUACAGGGACGGGAAGCCUCUGACCCCUGGAGAGCAUCACACCAUGGAGCAGGGCCCUCGUGGGGCCUUCAGCCUGGUGGUUCACGGGGUCCGGGAGGAAGACGGGGGCCGCUACACCUGUGAGGCUCUCAACGACGGCGGGAGUCGCCAAAUCACCGUCACACUCACUGUGGAAGGAAAUGGAGAGAAAAGGUUCAACCUCCCCUCUGCCAGCAGAACAGCAGGGGGACGGGUUCCUGCGGUGGAGAACAGGCCCAGUAUCUGGGGGGAGAGUCCGCCGAAGUUCGUGACGAAGCCCUCGCGCCUCUUCCUCAACGUUGGUCAGAGCGGAAAGUUUUCCGCCAAAAUAACGGGCCGCCCGCAGCCCCAGGUCGUCUGGCUCAAGGGUGAAAUGGAACUCCAACCUGGUGGGCGGUUCAACAUGUUCGAGCGGUCGGGGGUCCACUUCCUGGAGGUCUCCGAUGCUCGAGCGGAGGACGCAGGGACGUACACCUGCUCCGUGAUGAACAAUGCCGGCAAGGCUAUGGCCACGGCGGAGCUGACCAUUCAGGGUUCCUCUGCUGAAGCAGACAUCGCCGGUGCUGUUGCUCCUGCCAUUCCUGCUCCAAAGACAUCCGAGUUGCCUGCAGACAAGAGACAGUGUCUCGUCUCCGGUCCAACGCCUUCUAGGACACCAGAGAGAAAGGAGGUCAAGGAGCCUCGCGCUAACGACACAGAGACAUGGAGGUCCACCAAGCUCCCCUCUGAGAUCAGGGUCGAUGCCCCCAGCUGGGCUGCGAUCUCACAGCGGAGGGCUGACCCCGAGAGGCCACACUCCGGCCAGCCUGCGGCUCCCGGAGGGGAGUCCGUCCGGCCUUGUGGUCCGUCCCCGCUCUCGGCCAAAGAGCCCACGUACCCGGAACCGAAAACUGGGAGCGGGAAGUUCCUGAGGGAGGAUAGGUUUGAGGUGAUGGGAUCUCCUCCCCAGUUUGACCUUCAGCCCCAGAGCCAAGAGGUUCUGGAAGGAGCAACAGUCACAUUUUGUUGCCAAGUUUCGGGUUCCCCGGCGCCGACACUCAGCUGGAUCAAAGACGGCCUGGUUCUGAGAGGCGGUCCGGGUAUGAAGAUACAGCAGGAGGCCAGCCUGCACCUGCUCUGCCUGGAGAGAGUCUGCAAGGAGGACGCCGGUAGCUACGGGUGCGCGGCGUCCAACAGCAGGGGGCAGGCGUCCGCCACUUGGGCCCUAGUCGUCAAAAGCCCCCAUCUGGAGGGAACUGCCCCAGUGUUCAGCAGCGUGUUGGAGGACCGCGUGGUGAGUGAGGGCCAGGGUUUCAUCCUCCGGUGCUCCGUGCAGGGCAGGCCCCCACCCCGGGUCACCUGGCUCCUGAACGACCAGCCCGUCCCACAGUCACGCUGCUCGUACGAGGGGGGCGAGGCCCAGCUGGAGGUCCAGGCUGCAGUUCGAGAGGACGGGGGUUCGUACACGUGUGUGGCGGAGAACACACACGGGAGGACUGCGUGUAACGCCAGGGUGCUUGUCAGAGAGAGGAGGGCCUCCGAGAGGGCGAAGGCCACCAGGGUCGGGGAAGCGAAGAAGCCGUUGGCCCCGGCGUUCGUCAGAGGGCUGGAGGACCUGAAAGUCAUGGACGGCAGCCGCGUCACCAUGACUGUGGAAGUCACAGGCUACCCCCAGCCCCGGGUCGGCUGGCUGCACAACGGCGAGGAGGUCCAAGAGUCGGAGGACUUCCAUUUCGAGCGACGGGGGAAUGAGCACAGUCUGGUGAUCCAGGAGGUCUUCCCGGAGGACACGGGGAAGUACACCUGUGAGGCGUGGAACGAGCUGGGUGGGGCCCACACCGAGGCCAUCCUCACGGUGCAAGAACCUCAGGAUGGUGUCCAGCCCUGGUUCAUCAGCAAGCCCAAGUCCACGACGGCUACGUUGGGCCAGCACGCACUGCUGUCGUGCGCCAUUGCUGGGGACCCCUUCCCACAAUUCCUCUGGAAGAAGGAUGGCCAAGAGCUGUCAUCAGGAGGGGACUUUGAGAUCCUGCAGAAGGAGGAUGUGGUCUCCCUUCUUAUCAGGAGGGUCAAGACCCACCAUGCUGGAGAAUACGAAAUCAUCCUCAAAAACAAAGUGGGAGACUGCAGUUGUGUGGCCCACAUCCUGGUGACGGGGGAUCUGACGGGGUCCGCCGGGGAGCCUCUCCACUCCAGGACUUGUCAGGGGGCCGGAGGUGUGCGUGGGACAGUGUGCGGCGGGACUGCCAAGCGUGAGCACCAGGAGCAGGGGCACGAUCGUGACGCCAAGGGCCUGCUGCAGCGGCGCGUGGAGACACGGCAACGCGGCGAGGAGCACAUCCGCCAGCAGGAGGCCGAGCAGCGGGACUUCCGCGCCGUUUUGGCCAGGAGCGUCAACACCAAGAGUCUCACCGAGGAGGACCUGAAAGAGAUCGCCGCCGAGCAGAUGGACUUCCGGGCCAACCUCCAGCGGCAGGUCAAGCCCAAGACCUUGUCGGAGGAGGAGCGGAAGAUCAGCGCACCGCAGCAGGUGGACUUCAGAUCAGUUCUGGGCAAGAAGGGCGGUGGCGGCAGUCCCAAAAUCGGAGCAGACAAGGGAGAGCCCCCCAAAAACGCCAGCGCCGACUUCAGGGCGGUGCUGGGCAACAAGAAGAAGCCACCGGUGCCAGCGCCUGUUGAAAACAAUGUGGAGAGUCCGGCACCCAAGGGUCCGGCGCCCGAGGAGAAGCCCGAGAAGGAGGUGAACUGCGUGGACGGUGGGAUUAAUGGCAGGAAGAGUGGCGACACGGGGAAGGCCCCCGAGUUCACGCAGAAACUGAGGGAUGUCACCGUGCUGGACGGAGAUCUCCUGCGUCUGGAGUGCGAGGUCAGCGCCGAGCCGCCAGCCACCAUCACUUGGAUGCUGGACGGCAAGGUCGUCAAACCGUCAAAGUUCAUCCUUCUCUCUCAAGAAGGCGGCCGGUGCUCCCUGACCAUCGACAAGGCCCUGCCCGAGGAUGAGGGCCAGUACAAGUGCCGGGCCGAAAACGCCGUCGGCCGGGCCGAGUGCGAAUGCAUGGUCCUGGUGGAUGAUCCUACAGAUAUCAACGCCACAGCAGCAGACAAGAAGAUGAAAAAGAGCACUCCGACCACAGAGAAUGAGGCAAGGAUAAAGAAGAAACCAGCCCCAAAGACACCUCCCAAACAGGGCGUCCCACCCCAGAUCAUCCAGUUCCCGGAAGACAUGAAGAUCCUGGCAGGACAGGAAGUGAACCUGCUCUGCAAGUUUGCUGGAGCUCCGCCCAUCACGUGCACAUGGCUGAAGUUCAGGAAACCGAUCCCGGGCGGGAAAGGGGACAUCACCAUCGACACCGGCGAGUCAAGCAGCCAGCUGAUCAUCUCCCCUGCGAAGCCAGACCACUGCGGCUGCUAUACCAUCGAGCUGCAGAACAAGUUCGGCACUAGACAAGCCUCCCUCAACCUCACCAUAGUUGACAAGCCCGACCCCCCAGCUCGGGUCCCCGCUGCCUCGGACAUCCGCCAGUCCUCGCUCACCCUGUCGUGGUACGGCCCCACCUACGACGGCGGCAGCGUGGUGAAGUCCUACAACCUGGAGAUCUGGAACUCGGUGGAUCAGGAGUGGAAGCCAUUGGCCUCCUGCAAUAGCACCUCCUACAAUGUGCAGGACCUGCUGGCCGACCGCCAGUACAAGUUCCGGGUUCGAGCCGUCAACAUCUACGGCAUUGGGGAGCCCAGCGCCGAGUCAGACCCCGUUACAGUCGGGGUGCAGGAAGAAGAGAAGAAAAAGGUCGAGGAGGAAGAGGAGGAGGAGGCAGAAGCUUCCGAUGAAGACGAGGAGAAACAAGAAUACAGAGACGUGGUCAUUAAAACCGACCAGACGGUGAAGGACUUCUAUGAUGUGCAGGAGCGGCUCGGAACCGGCAAGUUCGGACAGGUGUUCAAACUGGUGGAGAAGGCCACUAAGAAGGUGUGGGCGGGAAAGUUCAUCAAGGCCUUCUCGGCAAAGGACAAGGAGAGCGUGCGGCAGGAGAUCGGCAUCAUGAACUGCCUGCACCACGCCAAGCUGGUCCAGUGCGUGGACGCCUUCGAGGGCAAAUCCGACAUAGUCAUGGUCAUGGAGAUGAUCUCUGGAGGGGAGCUCUUUGAGCGGAUCAUCGACGAGGACUUUGAGCUCACGGAGAGGGAGGUCAUCAAGUACAUGCUGCAGAUCGUCGACGGCGUUCAGUUCAUCCACAAGCAGGGCAUCGUCCACCUGGACCUGAAGCCGGAGAACAUCAUGUGCAUCAACAAGACCGGGACCAAGAUCAAACUCAUCGACUUUGGCCUGGCACGUCGAUUAGAAAACUCGGGAUCGCUCAAGGUUCUGUUCGGGACGCCGGAAUUCGUGGCCCCGGAAGUGAUCAACUACGAGCCCAUAGGAUACCCAACCGACAUGUGGAGCAUAGGAGUCAUCUGCUACAUCCUGGUCAGCGGACUGUCACCGUUCAUGGGGGACAACGACAACGAAACGCUGUCCAACGUCACCUCGGCAAGCUGGGAUUUCGAAGACGAGGCCUUCGACGAGAUCUCCGAGGAGGCCAAGGACUUCAUCAGCCAACUUCUGAAGAAAAAUUUAAACGCUCGGAUGACGUGCGCUCGGUGUUUUGAGCAUCCGUGGCUCAAGCAGGACACGAAGAACAUGGAGGCCAAGAAGCUGUCCAAAGAGAGGAUGAAGAAGUACCUCCUGAGACGCAAAUGGCAGAAAACGGGCCACGCGGUACGCGCCAUCGGGAGGCUGUCCUCCAUGGCCAUGCUGUCGGGCAUCAGCGCCAAGAAGGGUGGAUCUCCUACCGGGAACCCCAGUGAAGAUGACCUGAACAGCCAGAUCCUGGAGACCGCGGAGGAGGAGGACAGGCCGCACAUGAAGCCCUACUUCAGCACCGUCAUCAAGGAUGUGGAGGUGGUGGAGGGGAGUGCCGCCCGCUUCGACUGCAAGAUUGAGGGGUACCCCGACCCGGAGGUGGUGUGGUACAAGGACGACCAGCCCAUCAAGGAGACGCGGCACUUCCAGAUCGACUACGACGAGGACGGCAACUGCAGCCUCACCAUCUCGGAGGUGUCCGGCGAGGACGACGCCAAGUACACCUGCAAGGCGGUCAACAGCAUGGGCGAGGCCACGUGCACAGCGGAUCUCCUCGUCGAGUUCAUGGCCGAGGAGGAGGGAGAGGCGGAGGAGGAGGAGGAGGAGAAAGAAUGAACUGUUACCCAUGAACCCUCUCUCUUUGAUGAACUGACCAAUGGCGGAAGAGCGUCCCUUUGCUCACCUUCCGCCCUCUUCCUACACUUCCUCUCUUAACCAUAAUGACAGAUAUGAGGCACUGAUCCGACGUUACCGCAACAUCCAUAACAUUCCAGCUGACGUGUCCACACGACAAUAACCACA